GACCAGAGAUGAACAACCAGACGACCAAUUGGAGUGGAGUGGCUGUCCUGCCUUGCGUGAAGUUGGUUGCGGAGAAGGAAUCGUAGUUUAGUUUGCUUGGUUCCACCUUAGAAUUCUCUGAAAAUAUCAAAUGAGUGGUAAUACUUUGAGGCUUGGAAAAUGUGUUUAUAUGUAUUAAUUCAAAACUUGAAAUUAUACGCAGCUAUAUCUGACUUCAGUAAUGAUUUCGCAUUACUCUGCAUGUUUAGCAACAUUUUAUAGUAAACAAAGAACAGCUGACUGUCGCAAAAGGUGUAAGAAACUGGGCAGGAAAAAGUAAAAUCACACUCCAAGUGAACAAAGAAGAAGAAUUACAGUGGAGAAUAACAUUAAACAUUCUGUAACUAUAUUAAAAGUCAUGAAUUACCAAUCGGGAAGGGAGCCCGGAAACUUAAAACAUGAACGCGAGGUCACAGAUUUUUGAAUUGACUGUCGAAGGUCGUCAGGUUGAUGAAGCAGUUGCAAGUAUUUUUCACACUGUACUUUUUCAUCGUUCAGUGGGUAAAUUUCAAUACAAACAAGAAGGCAGCUAUUCUGUGGGGACUAUUGGAUAUGCAGAUGUUGACUGCGACUUCAUCGAUUUUACCUAUGUUUGUUGUUCCUCUGAUGACCUGGACAGGAAUUUAAAAAGGGAGAUAUCAGUAUUUUCUGAAGCUUUGCGUGGAAAUGAUGGACCUGGGUCAGGUCAAAUUUCACUUGAAUUCUUCCAGAAGAAAAAGAAUAGAUGGCCCUUUCAGCCAGAACGUAUUCCAUGGGAAGUUUGGACUGUGAGACUUGAGCUUAUUAAACUUAAUAAUGAACAUGAACGGCAGGUAUGCAGGGAGAGGGUAGGUGAUAUGCUGACUGAAAAAAUCCUCUAUAUUGCUGAAGUGAUGAAUAGGCAUGACUAUGUUCCAAAAAUGCCAAAUCAGUCAGAGUUGGACCUCAUUUUUGACACAUCUUAUGCAGAUGUGCAGCCAUAUUUAUUUAGGGUCGGAUUUGCAACGUCUACUCCCACAAAUACAUCCGUAGGCACAACUGUGAAGAAAUUAAUCAAGGAGACAUUAUCUCUCUGAAUUCAGGCGUGGGUCAGAAUGCACUACAAAGUUCUGAGCUAGUUUGGCCUUCUAUAAACACUUUGAGUAUCUUGCUCAUAGUAUGAACUGUGAAUUUGUGUGUGUGUGUGUGUGGAGGAAUUUAUCUGUUAUAAUAAUUAAAUUUUAAUUAUUUUAUUUUCCUAGCAUUGUUUUCUAGAACUGUAAAUAAUGUAUGAUGAUUUUUGUUAGUGUAUAUGUGAGUGUUUUUUGAAGACCAUUAUAAAAUAAAGUAGUUGUGGAUGAUAAUGGGUAAUAGCAGGAUUAGAACUAGUUUAUCUUUCAGAUUUAUAAUGCAUUUUAAUGCGCUUUUAAAUAUUAGUCCUGUAUAAGGUAAUAACUUCUAGUCCCAAAUACAUUUUUUGUUACAUUGCAGCUGUUGGUCCUCAGUGAUCCAUUUCUUGACUACUUAGUUUCUCUCUUAUUGUUUUUAAAAUAAUGCAACUUAUAACAUUUUAAAUUUUUUUAUUAAUCCACGUCACUGAAAGAGUUUCUCCGAUGCAUUAUGGAUUGUAUUAUUGCAUUUUGCACUUCUCAUAUGCUUUUCAUACGCACACAUUUACAAAUGAAAAUCACUUACAUUACUUUUAAACCAUUUUGAAUAAUGGGCCACACCAAUGAUGAUUAGUUUUGCAAGAAACAUUGUCGUAAGGAAGGUUACUAUAAAUUGUGUUAAAAUUUAAUUGUGACAUUAUUUCUUUCAGAUUAAUGAGUUUUUAUUGCAUCAUCCAGGUAUCUUUAUAUAGUACUGGAGUUGGCUUAUGAUACUGUACUUAUCUUGCCACAAUGAAGUAUUACAUAUGAAUAUCUGGACAGGCCUUGUGCUUAGAAAAAUAUUUCUGUCACUUGUAAAAUUAAUUGUUUGGGUUUCAAAAGCAGGUGGCCUAAUAAAAGGGGGGGAACAUUUAGAGGUUAGUAUGGUAUAGAAACUGAAUAAAUUACAAACUUCAGUUAUGUGCAAAACAACAGCAUAUUAUAAAACUAAGUAGCAAUUAGUAUCUUAUAUUUAUUAGUUUAAUGUCAUAUGUAUGUAUGUACAUAUGUUAACUGUGUGAAAUCAAUUAGUGAAAAGAUGUUUCAUAUUGCAAACAGAACAUUUCCCAGAUAUGAUGGAAAUUAUUUUUUGGAAAUAUGUUUUAUGGUGCACUCUGAAAAUAAUUAAGAAAUUAUUAUGAUUAUGAUAGUGAAUUCUCAAGGGAAAUAGUACCUCUGAAAUAUUGGAAGAUGUCUUGCUUCUGACAUGGUGUACUGUAAAAGUCUUACUUACUGUUAUGACGUCUGUGGGCGUGUAUUUAUUCGCUACACUCUUUAUAAUUUAUCCAGCCAAAAAGAAAAACUGGUUUUAAUUCCAUUUCAUGUAUUUAUUUAGACAGAUUACCUGGUCAAAUUCAGGCCCAGAAGCUUUGAAAUAUGGUCCGUUUGGACACAGAAAAUGUAGGAAUGCAUCAUUCCUUCAGUAUUAAGAGGUUUAGAAUUAUUGUAUCAGUUUUUGGCUUGCACCAUAGAAUAUAAAACAGCAUUAACAUGAAUUUACAUUAUGACUGAUAACUGAUUAAUAAUACCAAAACAUGCACAGCCAUUAAGCCAGGCAGUUAUAUUAGUAGAAAAGUUGAGUAUGAAAGAUUUACUGAUGUAACGCAGAACCAAUAAUUAUAUUUUCUCAGGUUCCAGGUGGACAAAUUACAUGUUGCAUUAUGGACAGUACCGUGAUAUUCUUUACGUCUUGAACAGUGCAUUUUAUAUGAAAAGUUUGUAGAGCAAACAUUCAUUUUUUGAGGGAGUACAAGAAAAUAGUGCAGUGUCCAUUUAUUUUUUGAAUAACCUGUCAGAACUAUGGAACACCUCCAUAAAUUUUAGUAAUUCAAAUACCAUUUUCAACUUUUAUUUGUAGAACAAUUCUUUUGCGUUGAAAUAACACAUAGGAAACUGAAGUAUGGGUUUGUAUGAUCCUGGGGAAUAAAUUAUGUAAACAUAAAAAUGUUUAUUUUAUUUAUGUGAAACUUUGUUGUAAUACAAUCAGAUAUGUAUUUACUGUUGCAAUGCUUCUCAGUAUCCUGACAGUUAGAGUGGUACCGCUUAGUAGGUCUGUGAAAAUAGUAGGAUUAUUUUCAUUGACAAACGACAAACUUCUCUAUUGCACUGUCAAGUACACAUCUGUUAAUUGUAUCACGUGUCAAGUUCCUGUGAACUUUUGCCAUUCUUUAACUGAUCCACAUAAUUUUACAUUUUGUCUUUGUCAGCAUUAUGUGGUACUGACCUGUUGGCUAACUGUGGCAGUUGAUUUCGUCUUCAGUUUCAAGAUUCAUUUUGUAUGGAAUUACAUAUAACUUGACCAAUGCUGAUGUGAAAGUAGAACAAAUGUAUUCUUGAUCUUAGACAUUUGCUGCUGGUGUUUAAUCUUUACGCUUGAGCUGUGUCGCUUGUUAAGUGAUAUGAAAUGUUUUGGUUAAACAGUAGCCAUUUGCGGUCAGAAUUUUACAUUGGUAAAUUCUGUUUUCCUACUUGAUCUUUCAUUAUUUGCACCUGGUAAUUUACCAGAUGGUAAAUCAGGUUUUACACGUAAAGUAUAUAACUGAGAUAUGUCUUAUCACAACCUUGUAAUUGCAGUUGCCCAUCUAAUCUCUUAUUAAGAUGUGUGAGAGAACUGUUCAGCAUUGUGCAAAAGAAAAGGAAUAAUCCACUUCCUUUUGUUCCUUGUUUCCAGGUUGUGAAAAUGUGUUUCUACUUUGUAUACCAUACAUGUUCUGUUAUACUGGUACAUACAUAUUAAUUUAUUUCAUGUUCAUAAUGGAUAUGUAAUGUUGAUAUUUGGCUAACUAUUUGUGUACCAAGUGCACUGUCCAGAAACCUGUAACUAAUAUUUAAAAUCUGCUUUGAGAGUACAAAGAAUUAUUCAGUUAUAUUGUCUCUAAUAACUGAAAAUGUUCUUCUGUAGCUAAACGUAAUGUGUAUUGAGCUUUCCAGUUGUUUCCUUCUUGAUAAUACUGGAAAACUGCAUACUCUAAUUAUAAGCUAAAGCUGACUUCAGGAUGUUAAAUUUGUUAUCUUGUGGUCUUAUCUGAAAAUACAUAAUUUCUACAUAAUUUUUUAAAAAUAGUGUGAUACCUCACUGUCUUAUGCUGUUGUUACAGAGCUUUUUCUGUGUUCUGUUUUAUACUGUUCUUGAUAAUGCUCUGUAGCAAGCAUAUAGUGUUUUCCUGUGUUUAGUGUAAUGUCUUUUAUUGUAAUAAACCAUACUUAACUUAUUUUUGUCAAGUAAGUUAUAUUUGUUUUAAAAUUAGCAAGUUCACAUUUCUUAAUUUAUGUACUUCUUGUAAUGUAUAGAGUUUUGUAGAAUUAGCAUAGUGAUGAAAAUUUGUAAAUAAUGCUGUUUGUAAAUAUAUUGCAAAGAACUGUCCAACACAUCUAACUUGUUAUUUUAGAAACACGUGUGUGUGGAAGUUUUUGCAUGUAUGCAUAUGUUAUUUAAAUGUAACUAAAUGGCUUAAACAGCAUGUUCCAUGUAAAACACAACCCUAAGUGCUAUACAUGAGCCCGUUCAUAAAACAACAAAACCA